AAAAGUGCAAAAAGUAGAUUUGUGUGGGCCUACUUGGUUCUCAUAAAUUGCCCAACGCUACAGUCUACACCUUUUUGCUUAUCCCAAUCCCAAGAACACACACCCACACCCACACAGAAGCGUACACAAUAUCUGCUAUCUCUCACAUCCUUCCCGUCGUCGCGUUUCUCGGGCUGCGCAUGAUUCUUGAGUGCACAUAGAGUUGAGAGUUGCGGUGGUAAAUCAAAAUGGGCCAAUUAUGUGAUUUUUGCAGCGAGCAAAUAUCCAUGGUCUAUUGUAGGUCCGAUGCAGCGUGCUUAUGUUUAUCCUGUGAUCGGAACAUUCAUUCUGCAAAUGCUCUUUCUAAGCGCCACUUGAGGACCCUUGUAUGUGAACAAUGCCAUCAUCAGGCUGCAGUUGUCAGGUGCAUGGAAGAGAACGUCUCCCGAUGUCAAAACUGCAAUUGGUCUGCACAUGCUGCCCCUUCUUCAGCUAUGGAGCACAAAAGGGAGACAAUCAAUUGUUAUUCAGGAUGCCCAUCUGCAGCUGAGUUUUCAACGAUUUGGCCCUUCUUUUCUGUUGAUUUGUCAAGUUGCAAUCUUGAAGCCGAUUCCAUGAGUAAUGAAGAGGAAUAUGAAAGGCGCCCUCAAUCUCAAUCGUUGCCGAUUGGUUAUAGUACAGAAGAUGCUGCUCUGGAUACCAAUGCAUCUAAGCUAGAGCAAUUUAAUGGGAGUGAAUCUUUUAAUCCUCUCAAUCAGAAGGCAUGUUUAUCGAGAAUAAAGCAUCUUGACUCCAUUGAUGAUACUCUCUACCUGGACUUCGGUAUCUCAGAUAUCGACUUGGAUUUGGAAAACUAUGGAGCAGUUUUUGAUGAACUUGAUGAUCCACAACAAUUUUUUGAGAAUGGUGGAAUUGAUAGCUUGUUCGAGCAUGGUACUGAAUGCAAUGUCAAGAGUGUAAAGGAAUCCAGCUCCAAGAGUGAAACCAUGCAGCAGGCAUGCAGUAAACAAGUAUCUGCUGACUCCAUUACAAGCUGUAAGUCCGAUACACACAUUUGCUUUACAGAACCCGCGCAAUCUACUCUCUCACUUUCGUUUCUGGCGCCGGAUCAUGAGUGUGAAACUAAAGAUCACCUAGAUUGUGAAGGGUUUUCAAUGGCUACAAUAGAGGAACAUCCGUGCAAUAUUCCUUAUCCUGGAAAUCAGUUUUCAUCAGCUAUCAGGGAUGGUGCAGUCUUGCGGUAUAAAGAGAAAAGGAAGUCAAGGAAGUUCAAUAAAAAAAUAAGGUAUGCUUCACGCAAGGCGAGGGCUGAUGUUAGGAAGCGUGUGAAGGGACGUUUUGUGAAAACCGGUGAUCCGUAUGAUUAUGACCCGCUGGACUUGACAAGAAUUCACUGAAUGUACAGUUUCCAGGGAUCACUUGGUACGAUAUGCUGUAUUUUAAAGCCUUGAAAUAUGUACGCAGGGGGUGAAGUAAUGAAGACGUUUUUAGGAGCUAAAUCGAAGUGCAUAAAUAAUGAAGUCUUGGACCAACCACCUGUUUUAUUUCGAGGAAGGACAUGCAGCGAAAGAGAAAGAGAUUAUUUUCCUGCUUAUACUUUCCUUAGUACAUUAAAGAGCCAUCUUCUGUGCAUUAAAGUGGUGACCAGAUUUGCAACUUUUGUGAAGAAUUGCAAACUUAUGAUCUUAGCUUGCUAUUUGUACCUGCAACAUCCAUGUACUUGAUUUGGUUACUCAGAAGCCCUGUAAUAUGAUACCUACUGCUUCGAUAUAUGUAAACCCAAAGUCAAGGUUGUAUAUAUUUUUGCCAGGUUUCUUGUU